AGCAAAAGUAUCAGCCCCUGCCUGUAUGCUACGUCCAUUACGGUAUUUCACAGCCAUUUAUGAGUGGAGCCGAGGAGCCAGACGGAUGCAGAGAUAGAGACGAGGGAGAGAAAAGCACAGAUUGGUGAAAAUCCUCAGCAGCAGCCUCAUUUUCUCUCCAGCAAAGGCACAUCAUGCUGAGGAAGGGCGACAGAGAAGUCCUCCUGGAUCUGGACUAUGUAGGCGAAGCACAAAGCACAGAGAGCUAUGGGAGUCUGCAGAACGGAGUCUUCAUCCCACCCAGAUAUUUUUCAGCAGCAGCUGCUGACGAAGGUAUUGAGGGUGACGAUCCCGUUCACCUUAACUGGAAUACAAGAAGUAACCAGCCAGUGUCACACCCGGGGAUUUACUUCAGAGAUGGAAGAACUAAAAUUGACUUUGUGCUGGUGUGGGAGGUUCGCUCGCGGAGGAAGCGGAGAGGAAAGGGGAAGAGUGAGGCUGCAUGCGAGGAGGGGGAGGCCGUGCCCACCGAGGAGAACAGCCGCUCUGAGCGAAGGAAGGCCCAGCUGGAACAGUGGAGGGAGAAGUUUGUCCAGAAUCUGGAGAGUGUUGGAUUGCUCCUGGAAAAGGAGGAAACAGCGAAUGAAAAGAGAACAAUACACUUUCUGAAAGUUAGCGCUCCCUGGGAUGUGUUGGUGUAUUACGCUGAGGAACUCUGUCUGAGAGCUCCAUUACAGGCACAGCCACAUCUGGAUUUAAACACAUCUGCUCGGGUACUGAGCAGACUAUGCAUACCUAAUGUAAUGACAGAGUCAGUGCCAAACAGGCCACUGGACUAUUACACAUGUGCCUUCCGCAAGUCCAAGAUGAACAGAUUCCUCGACUAUGAGGACCAUGAAUCCUACUUCACUAAUACACAGAGACACCGUGUUGUGUAUGAGAUUCUUACCAAGGCGGUUUAUGGCAAAAAGAAGAGGGCUGAAGUCGGCGUGGACAGACUGAUAAAUGAAGGGGCGUACACUGCAGCGUUCCCCCUGCAUGAGGGCCCUUUUCAACUUCCUAAGUUCGAGAUCCGUCCUGAGGAACUCAACCAGAGGCAGGUUCUUUACCACUACUGGGCCCGCUGGUUCAAAUGGUACAAGUACCAACCUCUGGACCACAUCAGGGAGUACUUUGGAGAGAAGAUUGCACUCUACUUUGCAUGGCUGGGUUUCUAUACAGCCUGGCUGCUGCCGGCAGCAGUGGUCGGAACCCUAGUCUUUGUGUCUGGAGUCAUGUCCAUGGGUACCAACACACCAGCGAAGGAAAUCUGUACGAGUGGAGCCACUUAUCUGAUGUGUCCUCUCUGUAACACCUGUAACGCCUGGAACAUGUCUGAAAUCUGCACCAUGGCUAAGUUGGGCUACUUAUUCGACCACCCAGGUACGGUUCUCUUCAGUGUGUUCAUGUCCUUCUGGGCCGUAACCUUUCUGGAGUACUGGAAGCGAAAGAUGUCCACCCUGGCCCAUCACUGGGACUGCAUGGACUUCCAUGAAGAAGAGGAGCGUCCUCGGCCAGAGUUUGCAGCCAAGGCCCCAACUAUGGAGCAGAAUCCAGUGACUGGGGUCAAAGAGCCCUACUUUCCAGAAAAGACCAGGCUGUCCCGCAUGUUCACAGGCUCCAUGGUCAUCAUAAUGAUGCUGUGUGUGGUGAUGAUCUUCCUGGUGACCGUGGUCAUGUGUCGCGGAAUCAUCAGCGUGAUGAUGUUCCACACUGGGAGCCCCGUCCUGCGUACAGAGGCUGGGACCAUAGCCAACAUCUCCAGUAGUAUCGUGAAUCUGGGCCUCAUCCUGUUAAUGGGUCGGGUCUACACUGCUUUAGCAGAGCAGCUCACUAAAUGGGAGAUGCACAGAACACAAACCCAGUAUGACAAUGCCUUCAUCUUCAAGGUGUUCAUCUUCCAGUUUGUCAACUUCUACUCUUCUCCUUUCUACGUGGCUUUCUUUAAAGGAAGGUUUGUGGGUUACCCGACCAACUAUGGGACCUUGUUUGGGAUGAGAAAUGAGGAUUGUGGUCCUGGGGGAUGUCUCAUUGAACUGGCUGAACAACUCUUCAUCAUCAUGGUGGGAAAGCAACUAAUCAACAACAUCCAGGAGUUCAUUAUCCCUAAAGUGAAGGCCUGGCGCCAGAAGAGAACUUUGGCCAAGGUUCUGGGGGGUAAGGCAUCCCAUGAGCCUCGGCGCUGGGAGGAAGAUUACAAGCUGGUGGAGUGUGAAGGCCUCUUUGAAGAGUAUCUGGAAAUGGUGCUCCAGUUUGGGUUCAUCACCAUCUUUGUGGCUGCUUUCCCCCUCGCUCCGCUCUUCGCCCUCCUCAACAACUGGGUGGAGAUCCGUCUGGACGCACACAAGUUUGUGUGCGAGUAUAGGAGGCCGGUGGCCGAGCGUGCCCAGAACAUCGGAGUGUGGUUCAACAUACUGGAAGGCCUGUCGCACUUGUCCGUCAUCGCCAAUGCGUUUCUAAUAGCCUUCACGUCUGAUUUCUUACCUCGUCUGCUCUACCAGUACAAAUUCGAUAAUGAGCUCCACGGAUACGUCAACUUUACCUUGGCUUACGCCCCACUUAACUUCACUGACUAUCCAAUGUGCAGAUAUAAAGCGUACCGAGACAACGACGGAAACCACACAUUAUUCUACUGGGAGCUCCUCGCUGUCAGACUUGGUUUUAUCAUAGCUUUUGAGCACGUGGUGUUCUUUGUGCUGCGAGCCAUCGACUGGAUCGUACCUGACGUCCCUGAGUCGCUGGAGGUGAAGAUCAAGAGGGAGCGCUACUUGGCCAAGCAAGCUCUGGCUGAAAACCAGGAGGCUCUGUUGGUGAGUCGAAACCGAGGAGCUGCCCCUGCCUCUGCGGGCACCGCUAGCAAAGCAAGCCACACGUCCUUUGGAAACAUGAGUUAGGAGUCUAUCAUGGAAAAGCUGUGGUGGGAGAGAAUAUCAGAGGAGUAAGAGACACACCUCUGCAUCUGGGAAUGAACUUUUUCCCUGUGUGAAAUACUGUCUUAGCACUGGGAUUCUUUGUCACUAAUGUAUACUGCUGCACAAACAUUAUGAUCAACAGGUAUAUACACUACAGUAUAUAUCAGUUUAUCUUCACAAUCUGUCCCUGAUCUAAAAAGGACCAUUUAUCCACACUGGGUACUGACUACAGCAACUCAAACGUAUCAUAAAAAUAUAAUUAAAAUAGUUUGAUAAUUUCCUGGUAACUUCAGCAUUACUGUAGUAAGAUGUUGGAACAAGGGCAUUUAUAUAUUCUUUUGUCUUGAUAAAAAUGCACAUAAAUACAACACACACAUAAUAAAUAAUUUACAAGGUGAAAUGUAAAAAUGAAACAUUCUCAAAGUAACAGGCACAAUAUCUACCACAAUGACACCACAUCCAUGCCAGUAUUAUAUGUGUUUCUACUGGGUAACUAGAGUUGCAGCAUAUCUAAUGCACACUGUCAUCAGGUUUCUUCAGGGCGAGACAGAUUUUAUCAUGACAUAGAGUCAUGACAGUGAAUACCAUAAUGUUAAAGGGACACUAUGCACUGACAGGGCAAUACAGCAGAGGCUGACCAGUGGUGUGGGUCAGACUCCAUUAAUGUUUACCAUAAUGCAGUUUUAUAUAGCAAGAGGAGCUGUUUGGUGCAUAAUGUGGAGGCAAGUAAAAGUUUGGUUCUUUUUUUUGCAUGAAGACUCCUGGUUUAAUCAUCAUGGACAUUAAUCAUGUCCAACUGCAUUCGCAAAUAUCUGGUUCUUUUUGUCAAAAGAUACAAGGGUACAAGCCUGUUUAAAGGUUCAGUGUGUAGAAUGAAGUGACAUCUAGUGGCAAAGUUGCAUGUUGCAGUGAAUACCCCUCACCUCACCCUCUCCUUCAAAACAUGAAAGAUAACCUAACUCAAAAGGUGUUUAGUUUGUCCAGUCUGCGCUACUGUAAAGGGCCCAUUCAAGAGUAAAGAAACCAACAAUUAUAAAAUUAGAUGAAAGACAAAAAAAAAAAACAUCACUAGGAUUAUUUUAUAUUUAAUUUCUGCCAAUGCAUCCCUUUGCCUAAAUCUUACACACUGGACAUUUAAGUAAAAACUAUAACAAGGACUCAAAAGGUGCAUUUUUUUAAAUAAUAAAUGGAAAAAUUGUAUGUUAUGUAUUUUGUUCUGGAACAAGUGUUUUGAAUUCGUUACCAGUUAGAUUUUAGACCAGGUUCUUCUCCAUAGCAACAAAGGUCGAAGCUCAUGGGUAUCGUUUGUAAAUUAUCUUUCCCUGUGGAACCAGAUUUAAAAUCAAAGGAUUUCUUAGAAACAAAGGUAGAUAUAUAAUUAACUAAUUCAAUUAUAUAAUUACAAUUAUAAUAACUGUUGACCAUAAGAUAAACAUAUAGUAUGCUUGCACUAUCCAGGAGCUUCCUGUGUUUCUGUGUUGAAGAACAUUUAGGAUUUCAUUUCAAAAAGCUGUUCGAUUAGACUAUGUUACCUGCCCAGUAAAAGCAGAUGAUCUGUUGUUGUGACUAUGGGAUAAAAAAUAUGCAAUUAUCUACACUUACAUCUGCAAUGUAUGCACUAUGUUCAUGCAAUGCACAUACUGGAAACUGUUCCUGAAUGCUGAGCAUGCCUGUCUUUUUACUUGAAUCUGCACAGUCUCCAUAUGGAGCAUUUCAGAGUUACCAAUGUACAUAACUGUACAAACAGGAGUGAAACAGUACCUCAGUAUAGGACAUAUUUUGUGUGUGAGCUGUUUUGCAUUAAAAUAAAUCU